UGCGGCGCCGCCGGCGGUGACUUUAUGGCCCUGCCGCCCGGCUCCACCGCGGUCGUCUCGCCGAUGGGGCUCCAGCUGCUCUGCGAGACUGCGGCCUCGACGGGAGAAACGCGCUGGGGCCGUUCCGAGCCCGGAGCCUGGCCCUGCCUACUGGCCAACGGCGGCUGCGAGGGAAGCUGCGAGGAGUUCGACGGGGCUCCGCGCUGCGUCUGCCCCGCCGGCAAGAAGCUCGGCCCCGACGGGCGCGGCUGCCUGCCGCCGUGCGACGGUGCUCCCUGCGAUCAGCACUGCGUGCCCUACGGGGAGAGCUUCCGCUGCAUGUGCGCCGAGGGCUACCAGCUGGGCCCCGACGGCAGCACCUGCCAGGACGUGGACGACUGCGUCAAGAUACCGGAGGUGUGCGAGCAGGUCUGCCACAACACCGAGGGCGGCUUCGAGUGUCGCUGCUAUCGUGGCUACGAGAUGGUGGAAGGGCACUGCAUGCCCGUCCCCAACUGCAGCACCGGGCCCUGCGACCACAUGUGUGAGGACGUGCCCGGCAGUUACCGCUGCAGCUGUCACAGCGGCUACGUUGUCGACACUAAGAAUCCCACCCAGUGCGUGCGGCAGUGCGAGGACGGCAGAUGCCUGGCCGAGUGUGACUUCAGCAACCUCUCCUGUUUUUGUCCUGAAGGCUUUGUGACGGACCAACUGCCCAACGGUGUCAUGCUCUGCGUUGACAUUGAUGAGUGCGAGAAUAAUUACUGUGAGCACAACUGCACCAACACGCUCGGCAGCUACGUGUGCCACUGCAAGCCCGGCUACGUUCCCUUUAACAUCAACCACUGCCAACCCAUCCCAGAGGACAACAACGUGGAUGAGUUCUCAGGAGAUUCUGGCCCCUCCCUGCCCGUCCCCAGCCACGUCCCACCCAAAGCAGAGCACCUGCACCCUGGGGCACUGGUGGGCAUCGCGAUGGGCGUGCUGUGCGCGGCGCUGGUGCUGCUGGCCGUCGGCUACCACCUGGCGAGGAAGCGCUGCCAUCCCCCCAGCUCGAUGGAGUACAAGUGUGGCAGCCCCCGCGAGAAAGAGAUGGGGCUCCAGCAGGUCUCUGCCAGCCAGAAAGUGUAGGGAGCCUGGCAGCGAGCGGGAGGCGGAUGGAACUGGGUAACGUUUGGUUGUAACCCCUCUGGUUUUGUAAAGAGAAAGCGAGGAAAGCAGUUCAUUGCAUCGACUUCUCGUUUUGCCCACCUUGCCUGUUGCAUACAGACUUCAGAUUGCCAGCAAUGCAGGGACCCCGCAGAGCAUCACCGCGGUGGGGCUAAAAUGCUGAUUUCUCUCCCCUCCCACCACUUGGGACCUGUUUGGGGGUGAAAUGGGUAUUCCAAGAGCACUGGAGUCAUCUGUAGGAAGGGCAUUUUCAGCGCUGGUGACAUUGUGCCUUUUUUCCUAUUGUGUUUUUUCUU